AUGCGUCUUUGCAUUGAUUAUAGAGAGCUGAAUAAGGUAACCGUCAAGAACCGCUAUCCCUUGCCUAAGAUUGACGACUUGUUUGAUCAGCUGCAAGGAGCCACUAUUUUCUUGAAGAUCGAUUUACGUUCAGGCUACCACCAGCUGAGGAUCAAAGAUAGUGAUAUUCCUAAGACUGUGUUCCGUUCCAGAUACGGGCAUUACGAGUUCAUUGUCGAGCAUGAGGAGCAUUUGCAUCAAGUUUUGGGGACUCUUCGAGCUAAUAAGCUGUAUGCCAAGUUUUCCAAGUGCGAGUUCCGACUGAAAAAGCUAUCCUUUCUUAGACAUGUGGUGUCCACCGAAGGGGUUUCUGUAGACCUAGCAAAGAUUGAAGUUGUUACUAGUUGGCCUCGACCGUUUACCAUCAACGAGGUUCGUAGUUUUCUGGGUUUAGCAGGUUAUUACAGGAGGUUCGUAGAAGACUUCUCUCGUAUAGCCAGUCCCUUGACUCAGUUGACCAAGAAAGGGACUCCCUUUGUUUGGAGCCCCGCAUGUGAGAGUAGUUUCCAGGAGCUUAAGAAGAAGCUUGUGACUGCGCCAAUUCUUACAGUGCCAGAUGGAUCUGGAAGUUUUGUAAUCUACAGUGAUGCUUCCAAGAAAGGACUAGGUUGCGUGUUGAUGCAGCAGGAAAAGGUAGUUUCUUAUGCCUCUCGUCAGUUGAAGAGUCACGAGCAGAACUACCCUACUCAGUCGGUUAAAACGGACAACCUCAAAGUUAUAAAGUUUGGUUAA